CAGCCAGCAGUGGUGUGACCGUUAUGAAAGGUCUGAAACGUCCUUUGCAGUCGAGCGCGAUGGAUUUGAGUGUUGUGUAUGGUCGAGGAGGCAGCAGCUCUCAAGAAUUUUCUCAUGGAUUACCACCACCAUCAGCAGCAGCACACUAUCAUGAGCAGUGUGGUGCAAUGGGUCAAGAUGGGGGGGAUUUUACUGCUGCUGCAGCUGCAGCUAGUGCGGCGGGCGGCGUUGAUAGUGGAAAUUACUGGCGAGUGGCGGAUAAGGGCCGAGCAGCAGGAGUGACGGCUGCUGGCACGGCGGCCGUAAGAGCACAGCCGACGGCACCGGUUGAUUUAGUAGUGUUGAAUAUAGAUUUUACAACGAAAAAGGAGGCAUUGGUGAAGUAUUUCGAGAAGUUUGGCAAGGUGGAAUUCGCA